GAGUGACAGCUGGCUGUCAGAAAAUGAGUUCGCUCACCGCCGUCUGUGGUGUGAGGUGUCGGCGGAGCGCUGCUCUAGAAGCCUUGGCUGGCCUGUAGCGAGCAAACCCUCCGGCUAAAAGAGCGAUUCAGGGGCUGGAGAGAGCUCUUUCUCGGCGACCGAGCCCGGCCAUGGACGAACAUGCAGGGCCCGGCGUGUUUUUCAACAACAACAACAACUCGCUGCUGCAGGCGGGAGCGAAAGGAGCGGCGGCCGAGAGCGACGGCGGGGAGGCGGGCAGAGCCCAGUACAGCAUCCCGGGGAUCCUGCACUUCCUCCAGCACGAAUGGGCCCGUUUCGAGGUGGAGAGGGCGCAGUGGGAGGUCGAAAGGGCCGAAUUACAGGCUCAGGUUGCCUUCCUGCAUGGUGAGAGGAAGGGGCAGGAGAACCUGAAGAAGGACCUUGUGAGGAGGAUAAAGAUGCUGGAGUAUGCGCUGAAGCAGGAGAGGGCGAAGUACCACAAGUUAAAAUAUGGAACAGAUUUGAAUCAAGGUGACAUGAAGCCACCCAGCUAUGACUCUGAUGAGGGGAAUGAGAAGGAGACUUCCGGCUCCCUCAACAAUCAGCUGUCUUGGAAGCAAGGCCGGCAGCUGCUCAGACAGUACCUGCAGGAGGUGGGCUAUACGGACACCAUUCUGGACGUCAAGUCUCAGAGAGUGAAGGCCCUGCUGGGCUUGGCAGGUGACGGCUCAGGUGACCGGUCCAGUCAGGAGCCGCUGCUUAAUGGAACAGACACUGCACCCAAGGGAGCCAACACAGCAGGGAAGGUGGAGCUGUCUGACUCGAGCACUGUGCUGGAGGUGUUUAAAUUUAUUGAGAGCGCCGCGGCUGAAUUCAGCGAUGAAGACGACGAAGAGGACAGCGAAGGGAAAGAGAAGUCCAUCAUCGAUUCUAGAACGAUUGUGAGGAAGAAGCCUUCGUCGUUUUCUCCUACACAUGCAAGCGACGACCCUGACACGGAGGACGCUCUGAAGGGCUUCGACUUCCUGUCCAACCCUGAGGACAUGGACACCUCCCCUGAGUCCAGGAGCGCAGGGGACGGCACAGACUGGGAGAAGGACAGGCAGGCCUGGGACGUGGACCAGAGCCUGAUAACCAAACUCAAGGAGCAAUACAGAAAGGAGCGCAAAGGCAAAAAGGGGGUGAAGAGACCGAACCGCACUAAGCUUCAGGAUAUGUUGGCUAAUUUGCGGGACACUGAGGAGCCGUCUUCACUGCAGCCGUCCAUCGCACCCCCGCCUAGGCCUAAUGCUAACCGCUUCAACGAACAUGACAGCAGCAACACUGAUGAAGUGGAGGCCAUCACCUUUCCCCCUUCCUCAGGCAAAGCCUUCAUCAUCGGGACGGAUGAGGCCAUGGAGACGGGGGAGCUGGGGCUGGGCGAGCUGGCUGGGCUGACUGUUGCCAACGAGGCUGAUAACCUCACGUAUGAUAUCACCAAUAACAAGGACGCUCUGCGGAAGACAUGGAACCCCAAGUUCACUCUGCGCAGCCACUUCGACAGUAUCCGCAGCCUGGCGUUCCACCCUGUAGAUCCCGUCCUCAUCACGGCCUCUGAAGAUCACACGCUGAAGAUGUGGAACCUGCAGAAAACAACCCCUGCCAAAAAGAAUGCAUCGUUGGAUGUGGAACCUAUUUAUACCUUCAGGGCUCAUAGGGGCGCCGUGCUGUGUGUGGUGAUGAGUAACACAGGAGAGCAGUGCUACAGCGGUGGAGAGGACGGCACCAUCCAGUGCUGGAACACACCAAGCCCCAACAUUGACCCCUAUGACUCCUACGAGCCGUCGGUCCUGCGUGGGGCGCUGUGCGGACACGCAGACGCAGUGUGGGGGUUGGUCCACAGUAGUGCUCACCAGCGCCUCCUGUCCUGCUCAGCUGACGGCACCGUGCGGUUGUGGAACGCUUCUAACCCUCAGGCGGCUCUUGCCGUUUUCAAUGAGAACAAGGAAUUGGGCCUGCCCUCUUCAGUAGAUCUGGUCUCCAGCGAGCCUGCCUACAUGGUCACUUCAUUCACCAGCGGCCGAAUAGGCCUCUUCAACAUGGAGACCCGCCAGCUAGUCCUCAACCUGGAGUCUACUGUUGAACCCGGUGCAUCCUGUCAGAUUAAUAAAGUUCUGAGUCACCCCACUCUCCCCAUCACAAUCACUGCUCAGGAGGACCGCCACAUCAAGUUCUUUGACAACAACACAGGAAAAUUGAUCCACUCCAUGGUGGCCCAUUUGGAUGCUGUUACAAGCCUUGCUGUGGAUCCAAAUGGACUGUAUUUGAUGUCUGGAAGCCAUGACUGCUCCAUCAGGCUGUGGAACCUGGAGAACAAGACGUGCAUCCAGGAGUUCACGGCACACCGUAAGAAGUUCGAUGAGUCUAUCCACGAUGUGGCGUUUCACCCGUCUAAGUGCUACAUCGCCAGUGCCGGAGCCGACUCCCUCGCUAAAGUCUUCGUAUGAGCACUGAACGGCCUGCCUCGCGCUAGCCCUGCCCCCAGCAGAACGGACUGGCCAAUGGCAGAGAGCUGGCGUUUGGGCCAGGGUGGGUGGACGCCAAGCCCCCUAAUCUCCACUCCUCUCCUGUUUUUCAAAUGGUUCAGCUGAGAGGCUUUCUGAGACUGAUGAGACUGUAUGGACCAUGGGGCAGUCCUCUUUGGACAACCAGACAGGAGAGGGCAUUGUCCAGGGUGAUUGGGUUCCCCAGUUACCUCCUCUACAACAAUCCAGGCAGGCCUGGGUGCUUGUGGCCUUUGUGCCACAAAAUCAACUGUAAAGCAGACACUUCCAUAGCCGGGAUCCAUAGCCAACCACAGUGUGUACACAAACAGUGUGAUGCCGGGGCCCAAGCUCGUUUUGGGCCAGAAUGGUUUUCUCGGGCUGUGGCUGUUGUGUAGAACAAGCAUCACUUCUGUCUUUCCCAGUCUUCCCUACCCUGUCAGCCCCAAGUGCUGCCUACUCCUCCGUUUCUCCAAGUGCUGGUUAGCUUCCUGCUGAUCGCCAACUCCUCAGCUUCCUCUUCUGCUUGGGACCGAGGAAUUCUGGGAAGGCAUGGAAAGAAAGGCUGGUUUCGGUCAUCACGGAGGAUUUUCUCUUCCACGCGCUGCCUCCGCGACAGUUGACCUUCUGCCUGCCUUUUGUUUUUUGGUUUUUCUUUCCUUUUUAAAUGUUUGACAAAUGUGCCUUUGCUUCAGAAAGGCCUUGAAAUGUUAUUUUACCAGGCUCUUUUUUCCUUUUCUUUUGUGAAGGGUUGGGAAAUAGACAACAGGAAAAGAAUUCGAGCUGGGUAGGACAAUGCUGUCCAUUUUAACCGUAUAGUACAUUGGAUGUAUAAUUACAAUACGUAUUAAUAAACAAAUAUAUAUAUAUAAACAAAUUAUUAUAUAUAUUCACUCUUAAAUCUUAACAUUCGGUGGGAAUUUCGAGUGCUCCUUUUUGAUACAUGUUGAUGUGUGCGUGGUAUGCAGUGAAUUGCAUUGCUGGCCGUUUUAGAAAAACCUCUCUUGUUGUCCAUAAUUGUUGGAUACAGGUCAAAGCUAAAAGCAUAGAAUAUCUCAUAUCUGCAAAUAAAUCAAGGGUUGUCAACUCUAA